AUGAAUUCCAACAAAAAUAACUUAGGCAGGGAAACCGGUUCUUUUCCUCUGUACAUUGCAGUGAAUGAAUACUCUAAACGAAUGGAGGACGAGCUCAAUAUGAGACCAGGUGACAAAAUUGAAGUCAUUACAGAUGAUGGUGAGUACAAUGACGGUUGGUAUUAUGGGCGCAAUUUGAGGACCAAAGAAGAAGGUUUAUAUCCAGCAGUAUUCACUAAAAAGAUAACUUUGGACAAAUCAGAAAGUCUGCGUAAGAUACGAACUAAAGAGAAUAGCAACUCAGGUGUCAAUUAUGGAACUCUAAGUAAUAAUACGAGUAAAAUAGGGACCAUUUCCUCGCAGCAACAAGAAAACAGAUACACGUCUUUGAAGAGUACAAUGAGCGAUAUAGAUAAAGCUUUAGAAGAGUUAAGAAAUGAUUCAGUCGAACAAGACAUGUCGAAAUCUGCCACAAAAGUUCCUCAACUAAGUGCUUUUGAGAUGCAAGAUGAAGAAACUUUAAUUCAAGAUAAAUCUCAAAACGAGGGAAACACAACACGUGGGUCAGUAUUUUCUAGUACAGCCGAUUUAAACCUGAGUUCUGAUUCAUUAAAAAAUACAAGUAUGUCAAAUAUUUCAACAAAAUCUUUAGAGCCAAGCUCAGAAUCCGUUAAUCCGUUAGAUCCAAAAAUGGCUAAAAACUGGAGUCCAGAAGAAGUCACUGACUAUUUUGUCGUGGUUGGAUUUGACCAAAAUACUUCCAAUAAAUUCAGGAAGCAUAGGGUCUCUGGGAAGAUACUACUGGAACUAAAAUUGGAACAUUUGAAAGAAUUAGAAAUAAAUUCUUUCGGUACAAGAUUUGAGAUAUUCAAAGAAAUAGGGAACAUCAAGUCUGCGAUUGAUUCGUUGUCAAAUGGGUCUCCCAGCGACUACAUUUCUUUUGCUUUUUCAAAUCAAACAUCUCAACUAAUGCCUGCAGCCACUGUAUGUAAAGACGAAAAUCAACAACCAAUUUCCUCCAACCGUGAUACUACAAACAGCAAGUUAAGAGGGACGAACUGUGAUAGAAAGCCCUCUUCAGGCGCCACAGAACUUCAGAGACCGAGCUCAGUUGUUGUUAAUCCAAAUUUCAAACUUCAGGACUCGGCUGAACAAGUCUUGGAUAUGACAGAAAUACCUAGCUUGUUCGUUGACAAAGAUAUUUUUGAAUCACCAGGAAGAGCUCCAAAACCACCAUCAUAUCCAAGUCCCGUUCAACCACCACAAUCACCUUCUUUUAACAACAAACAUACAAAUAAUACUGCUAGAUUUCCACCGCAACCGACAAAUCUAAUCAAGAACAAGAAUUCAGGCGUGUAUUUAAAUGGGUUAACCACCAACUCUUCGACAUCUUCCGAUAAUUCAACGGGAAAAUUCAAGUUCCCUCCUAUGAAUGGUCUUGAUUCAAACUCUAGGAAAACAACGUUGACAUCUGCCACUUUACCAUCCAUUAAUACAGUUAAUACAGACGAGUCUCUUCCAGCAAUUUCGAAUAUAUCAUCAAAUGCUACCUCCCACCAUCCGAACAGAAACUCAGUUGUCUACAAUGGCCAUAAGAGGACUGAGUCUGGGAGUUCAUUCGUUGAUUUAUUCAAUAGAAUUUCAAUGUUAUCACCAGUCAAAUCAAAUUUUGACGAAGAAGAAACAAAACAGCCCGUAAAAUCCAAUAGAUCGGUUCUCGAUUCGGCACACAAGAAGUCGUCUUACGGGCACUCGAGAGAUGCAUCACUUUCUGAAAUAAAAAAGCAUAGAAGAAACUCUUCUAUAUUAUCCUUUUUUUCUUCAAAGAGUCAGUCAAAUCCAACAUCACCUUCGAAACAAACUUUUACCAUUGACCCUUCUAAAAUGAGUUCCCAUUCUCGCUCUCAAUCGAAUUCCUAUUCACACGCAAGAUCACAGUCUUACUCCCAUAGUAGAAAACACUCGUUAGUUACUAGCCCUUUGAAAACUUCUUUGAGCCCCAUAAAUUCAAAAUCCAACAUUGCUUUGGUGCCCAGCGACACUCAUAAUAGUAACAAUAGCAAUAAAGAGGAGAUACCCCAACCGCGUGAAGGUAAACAUAAGCACAAAUAUAAACAUAAAAGUAAGCACAAACAUAACAGUGGCUCCAAGGAUAGCCCCUCUGAGGAAAAGAGUAGGAAAAAAAUUUUCUCUGGCACCAAAGAUUCGUCCUCUGGGAAUAAGGAUUCCAAAAGAUCUCCCAGUGAACUUACUCAAAAAUCUGUUAAAUCAAUACUUCCAAGAUCGAACGCUAAAAAGCAACAAACAUCUGCUUUUACUGAAGGCAUACGUUCCAUAACAGCAAAAGAAUCCAUGCAAAACGCCGAUUGUUCAGGCUGGAUGAGUAAAAAAGGCAGCGGCACUAUGGGGACUUGGAAGCAAAGAUUUUUUACGCUUCAUGGUACGAGGCUUUCUUAUUUUACUAGUACCAAUGAUGAGAAGGAGCGUGGCUUGAUAGACAUAACGGCUCAUAGAGUUUUACCUGCCAGCGAUGAUGAUAGACUAAUUUCCCUAUACGCUGCAAGCCUGGGAAAAGGAAAGUAUUGUUUCAAAUUGGUUCCUCCACAGCCAGGGUGCAAAAAAGGAUUAACUUUUACGGAACCUCGUGUCCAUUAUUUUGCAGUCGAGAACAAAUCUGAGAUGAAGGCAUGGUUAUCGGCCAUAAUAAAGGCCACCAUUGAUAUUGAUACCAGUGUACCUGUGAUUAGUUCAUAUGCCACACCAACAAUAUCUUUAAGCAAGGCGCAAACGUUACUGGAAGAGGCUAGGAUACAAACCCAGUUGCGAGAUGCAGAAGAGGAAGAGGAGAGGGAUCAAUUUGAAUGGGAUGAACCCCAAAACAAAAGAAAUUCUAAAUAUCCAAUCGAAGAAAAACAAUUUGUAAAUUCUAAUGAUUAUUUAGAAAGUGAAGCAUUUGAGUAUCCUGGUGGCAGGCUUUAA